AUGGUUUUGGCAACUUUCUUCGUCCUGACGUUCCUGGGCUUAAUCCAGAGCCCAGCGGAGGUCAGCGAUGAAUUGGAUGACGCUACAAAUGAGCGCAUGCGGCAGUAUGCGGAGGAGCUGCAAGAACGCAUGAUGCAGCUCCUGUUCAAAAUUGAGGAGGGGGAGAAGGAGCAGAGCUGGGCGCACAUGGGAGCCCUGCUCUUAUCUGCAUUGCAGAAUUGGCAGUUCUGGGCCUGUGCUGGUGUUACUCUCCUCUCCUUUUGGCUAUUUUUUCUGCUUCAUAAAAAGCUCGAGGAGCUUGACGACAGCAGCGACGAGGAGAGCUCCAGCAACGAUGAGGACAGGGGAGGACAAGCACCAGCAAUCAAUGAUGCAUUGGAUGCAGGCAGUUUUAUUGCACAGAGCAUCCAAUGGCGACAGCUAAACCUGACCACCAAAUGCCAGCUUGUGGAGGAUCUGGUGCACGGCUUUUUCUUUGUAUUUGAGUGGAUCUUGGCAGACACUUUCUUUCCAGUGCUGCAUUCACCCAUUGGAGUGGGCAGUGCCUUUGAAGGCUGGAGUCCCCGUGAGGAUGAUACUGUCUACCGCUUCCUUGCGCCCAUGACGGCUCCUCGUGGGCACUCCUUCCACCUGGAGCAGAACUCCAUAUGGCAGCUGCCAUCAAGGAAUUCUCGCAUUCGUGUGAAGCUGGAGUGCACGUGCGUGAGGGAGCAGGACUUUGCGAACAUGCUGUGCUUCCUUCACCAGCCUGAGGAGCAGCUGAGAAGAAAUCCGGAGCCCAGCCUCCUACAAACUCUGUGCACUGGCUCCUACCUGGAUGUGCGUAAAACCUCCUACUGGUUCCAGCAACUGGUGAAAUCAACCUGGAAAUCUCUGCCUCAGUCAGGUGCAUGGCAGGUAAAUGUGCUGACAUCCAGCCGCUCUUGCAGGCUUCAUUUGAUUGAUGACACUGAAUCAACCCUGUUCGUUGAGAUAAUGUUUGGGGUACAACAAGGCGAUUCAGACAUUUUUCUGAGCAGCGAGAACACUGAGGCUAUCUUUACCCCGGACACAAUAUGGCCACAGAGCUGCGCUGUGGCAGAGAUGAAGUUCUUCCGGCACAUAGCCGCAAAUGCCCAGCAGGACAGUUUCCACCUCAGAUGCAUGCAGCUCUGUGCCCGUAUCCUGGUGGGCAACGAUUUUACCACCUAUAUGUUGAAGACAGUUGUCAUGCACCUGCUGACCACCAUCCCUUUGGAAAGCUGGCACAGGAGGGAUUUUUUGAAGCGGAUGGACGACAUCAUGCAGUACCUGCACUGCUGCAUACUGCAGAAACGCCUGGACCACUUCUUCUUAGGAAACGAGGGAAUGCCUGAGGAGAUCAUCUUGCCCCUAGAUUUCCAAACGUCCAGACCACCCAACCUCUUCUGGCGCAUGGCAAAGGAUGGGACUACCUACUCCCAGGCGAUGCAUGAAUUCCGUGAGCUGCAAGAUCGGCUCACAAGAAUGCUGACCUUUGGGAACUGA